AUGGAGGCCGCCUUUGCUCGUCCCACCAAGCAGGUGCUUGCCAAUUUCUCCGUGAGCGAGAACACCGGCCUCACGGACGCUCAGGUCGAGUCCUUGAGAAGCAAGCAUGGCAGCAAUGCCAUCGCGGAAGAACCCCCGACCCCGAUCUGGGAGCUGAUCCUCGAGCAAUUCAAAGACCAGCUCGUCAUCAUCCUCCUCGGUUCGGCCGUCGUUUCCUUCGUACUCGCUCUCUUCGAGGAGGAGGGUGGCUGGAGUGCUUUUGUCGACCCAGCAGUGAUCCUCACGAUCCUCAUCCUGAACGCCGUUGUCGGAGUCUCGCAGGAAAGCAGCGCCGAGAAGGCCAUUGCCGCCCUGCAGGAGUACUCGGCCAACGAGGCCAACGUCCUCCGCAAUGGUCACAUCUCCCGCCUCAGGGCUGACUUGCUUGUGCCCGGUGACAUUGUCUCGAUCGCUGUUGGAGACCGCAUCCCGGCCGACUGCCGUAUCGUCGCGAUCGAAAGCAACAGCUUCGCUGUGGACCAGGCUAUCCUGACUGGAGAGAGCGAGAGCGUUCGCAAGGAUGCUCUGACCAUCGUUGAGGAUGAGAAGGCUGUCCUGCAGGACCAGACCAACAUGCUCUUUUCCGGUACCACUGUCGUCAAGGGGAAGGCCAAGGCCGUCGUUGUCUUGACCGGACCCAACACGGCCAUUGGCGACAUCCACGAGAGCAUCACGGCCCAGAUUUCCGAGCCCACGCCUCUCAAGCAGAAGCUCAACGAUUUUGGCGACAAGCUGGCCAAGGUUAUCACUGUGAUUUGCAUCCUCGUCUGGCUCAUCAAUGUCCCCAACUUCAAUGACCCCAGCCACGGCUCAUGGGCCAAGGGCGCCAUCUACUAUCUCAAGAUCGCCGUCUCGCUGGGUGUGGCUGCCAUCCCCGAGGGUCUCGCUGUCGUCAUCACCACUUGCCUGGCUCUGGGUACGCGCAAGAUGGCCGCUAAGAACGCUGUUGUGCGCAGCCUUCCGUCUGUCGAGACCCUGGGAAGCUGCAGCGUCAUCUGCUCUGACAAGACUGGCACUCUCACUACAAACCAAAUGAGCGUCAACAAGAUGGUCUACCUCGACGACAGUGGCUCCGACCUUGUUGAGCUUGACGUCGAGGGCACCACUUUCGCUCCCAAGGGUGACAUCAAGCUAAACGGCAAGGUUGUCGACAAUCUGACCAAGAGCUCUGACACGGUCCGACGUAUGGCUGAGGUCGCAGCUCUCUGCAACGAUGCUCGUCUCGCCUACGACUCGCGCAGUGGCGUCUUCUCCAACGUCGGCGAGGCCACGGAAGGUGCCCUGAGGACUCUCGCGGAGAAGAUUGGCCCUUGUGCCCCUGCCAAUACUCACCCCGAGGACUGCGUUCACUACGCCAGCGCAAACCAUGAAAAAGCCCUCUCUCGUCUGGCUACCUUUGAGUUCUCUCGCGACCGCAAGAGCAUGUCUGUGCUUGCCGCCAACGGCAAAGCGAAGAAGCUCCUUGUGAAGGGUGCCCCCGAGUCCAUCAUCGAUCGCUGCUCGCACGCUCUGCUGGGUGCUGGCGGCAAGCAGGUGGCCCUCAACAAGAAGCUCUCCGACCUUCUCCUCAAGGAGGUUGUUGAGUACGGCAACCGUGGACUUCGUGUCAUCGCCUUGGCUAGCGUGGAUGAUGUGUCCGAUAACCCCCUGAUCAAGAACGCCCAGACCACGGAGCAGUACGCGCAGCUCGAGCAGAACAUGACUUUCCUCGGUAUGGUUGGUAUGCUGGACCCUCCCCGUGAGGAAGUCCCCGGUUCCAUCCGUCAGUGCAAGGAAGCCGGCAUCCGUGUCAUCGUCAUAACCGGCGACAACCGCAACACCGCCGAGAGCAUCUGCCGUCAAAUCGGCGUCUUCACGCAGCACGAAGAUCUCAAGGGCAAGAGCUACACUGGACGCGAAUUUGACAACCUGAGCCCCAGCGAGCAACUUGAGGCUGCCAAGAACGCGUCCCUGUUCUCCCGUGUCGAACCUGGCCACAAGUCCAAGUUGGUCGACCUGCUCCAGUCUCUCGGCGAGGUCGUUGCCAUGACCGGCGACGGCGUCAACGACGCGCCCGCCCUCAAGAAGGCUGACAUUGGUGUUGCCAUGGGCUCCGGUACCGACGUCUCUAAGCUCGCGGCCGACAUGGUCCUGGCCGACAGCAACUUUGCCACGAUUGAGGUGGCGAUUGAGGAAGGCCGUGCCAUCUACAACAACACGCAGCAGUUCAUCCGCUACCUGAUCUCUUCCAACAUUGGCGAGGUCGUGUCCAUCUUCCUCACCGCCGCCCUCGGCAUGCCCGAGGCUCUUGUGCCCGUGCAGCUCCUCUGGGUCAACCUGGUCACCGAUGGUCUGCCUGCCACUGCGCUUUCCUUCAACCCCCCUGACCACGACAUUAUGAGGCGCCAGCCACGCAAGAGGGACGAGGUCCUCAUUGGAGGCUGGCUCUUCGUUCGCUACCUCGUCAUCGGUACCUAUGUUGGCCUGGCCACUGUUGCUGGAUACGCCUGGUGGUUCAUGUACAACCCUGAAGGACCCCAGAUCAGCUUCAAGCAGCUGUCCCGCUUCCACCACUGCUCGGCCGACUUCCCCGAGAUUGGCUGCGACAUGUUCUCCAACGACAUGGCCAAGGCUGGCUCGACCGUGUCGCUGUCUAUCCUGGUCGUCAUUGAAAUGUUCAACGCUAUGAACGCCCUGUCGUCAAGCGAGUCCCUGCUCACCCUGCCCCUGUGGAAGAACAUGAUGCUGGUCUAUGCCAUCGCCUUGUCAAUGGCUCUUCACUUUGCCCUGCUUUACACUCCUGUCCUUCAGGGUCUGUUCUCCAUCCUACCCCUCAACGCCACCGAGUGGAAGGCAGUUGUCGUCAUCAGUGCGCCCGUCGUUCUCCUUGAUGAGAUACUCAAGCUCAUCGAGCGCCAGUUCUUCAUGCAGAAGACGACGGAAAUUGAUCUCAAGGCUAAGAAGGAGCAGUAG